AUACAUGUAGACUGAUUGUGGCAAAUUCCAUUAUUCGGUCCUUUCAAUCUUACAGCUCCAUGAAUUGAGUGAGUCUGUAUAUGACAUCGGUCAAUAGACUAUAGAGUGGAUUUCAUUUAUAAAAUAGUCUUCCGUGUUCUGGCCGUGUUUUACUUUAGUGAGUUUGUUAAUAAAUUCGUCAUGGAAUCCCAGUAGGCCCUAGCAUUUCACACAGUGAUCAGCAAGGCUGCUUCCGAUGUGAUGGUUUAUACCGUCAACCCACGGACUGUGCUUGUCAAUAACCAAGGCCUCGUCACUGAUGUGUGUUGGAAAUACCACGUGAAGUCACUCCUGCGAAAUUUGAAAGCGCACAGAUUCUCACCAUACGUACUGGCGGAUUGUGGAUUGUAUGGUCAACGGUAUAUACAUGUACAGUACAUGUACAUGUACAUGAACAUGUGCUGUACGCUCUUCGUGAGCAGGGACUGUCUGUCACCAGAUUGUAGAAUAUGUAAAUACUGAUUUUUUUUUCAAUGUCGAAUUUAUCUAUAGUGCUGCGGUUUGAUGUUUAUUACUGGAAUUCCUUUGAAUCAAGGUCAAUGUGUUUCUCUCGAGGUCGUGGAGUUUUGUUUCGGGUUGUUUAAUUAAAGAAUUGGUGUGGCCGUGAUGACUUGGAUGGAAAUACCAUUACCAUUCGUCGGUGGAUUGCACAACGAGACGUAGGGGCAACAUGGAUAUUAUGGACAGUGCUAGUGACUGGGACGAUUACGACGACACAGAGGAGGAAGAAGACGGUGAACCAUUUGAGCCAAAAAUUGCGACCAUCAGGAAGAAGGAAAAAGUUGAAGACUUCUACGACAUCAAGGAGCAACUUGGAAAGGGUCGCUAUGGCACCGUUUACCGAUGCAUCGAGAAGACGACAGGAAAGGUAUGGGCGGCCAAAUACAUCAAAGCUCUCAAGUCCAAAGACAAGGAUAUGGCGCGAAACGAGAUCAACACCAUGAACCUACUCAAACAUCCCAAAUUGCUGCAGUGUGUCGAUGCGUUCGAAACUUCUAACAGGGUCGUCAUGAUAACAGAAUACAUUUCAGGUGGUGAACUCUUUGAACGCGUCGUCGACGACGAUUUUGACCUGACGGAGCGAGAGGUCAUCAUGUACAUGCGUCAGGUGUGCGAGGGAGUUCAGCACAUGCACCAGAAUAACUUCCUACACCUCGAUCUCAAACCAGAGAAUAUCAUGUGUGUGGACAAGAUAGGAACAAGCAUCAAACUGAUCGAUUUUGGGAUGGCGCGGAAGUUAGAGCCGGAUGAGAAUGUCAAAGUGUUAUUCGGCACGCCGGAGUUUGUCGCUCCAGAAGUAGUCAACUAUGAGCGCAUCGGUUUCCCGACAGACAUGUGGAGUCUCGGAGUCAUCUGCUAUGUCUUGUUAAGCGGUUUAUCUCCUUUCAUGGGUGACACAGACGCAGAGACGUUCAACAACGUCACGGCAGCAGAAUGGGACUUUGAGGAUGAGGCGUUUGAUGACGUCUCGACUGACGCCAAGGAUUUCAUUAUACGAUUAUUAGUCAAAGAUAAGGAGCAUCGGCGCACAAUCGCGCAGUGUUUGGAGCAUCCAUGGCUAGUCAGAAAGACCCUCACGCACCGGCAGGGUAACAAGUUACGGAAUGCUUCGUUGAGACUCAAGGGCUACAUGGCAAGGCGGAGAUGGCAGAAAACGGCAACUGCAGUGAGAGCUAUCGGGCGUAUGACAGCAUUGAGGCUUUUCAGUAACCACAAAAAGACGACUGGACAAGAUCCCUUGGCAAGUAACGAUUCAGCUUCUCUGGCAGAGUUGCUGAAGGCAAAGCGAGAGGAAGACGCCUUAAGACUAGCGCAGGAAGCAUACCAGCAGAUCGAACCAACGCCUGGUGACGGUUCAAAUAUCGAUUUGAACGAUCGGAAUGAGGCUGUAGAGCGCCAGUCGUCCAGCGAUAUAAUAGUGCAAGCACAACCCUUGGAAAGUUAUCAAAUAGACGAGUUGCCUCCCCGCAGAGCUAUUGAUACCGAUACAGGUGGGGUAGGAGAUAACGCGGAUGAGUCGACACCGACCGUCACCCGCCAGAUCACUGCACGGGACACGCUGACUGCUGACACUGAAGCACCCUUCUCAAACUACGCCAGCGAUCUGACCAGUUCAGACCGCACUUCGGACUUGGCUGAGAACGAUCGAGCUUCUGAUCACGGUCUAGCUGAUUUCAACAGUCACACUUCGGACUCGGAGGACAUGAAUAUCGACGUGGAUAAUCCGGCCAGAGAAGUGACCGAUGCUGCCACCACAAUCCAGGCCGUGUAUCGGGGCCACAGGACCCGUAAGAGAACUUAUCAACACCCGGCAAUUCACCAAGACCUCCGCGAUUGUGAGGUCUUUGAAGGCAGUGCCGCGCGCUUUGACUGCCGGAUCUCGGGCUUCCCUGAACCGCAGGUGUACUGGUACAAAGACGGGAGGGAGAUCAAGGAAAGCCGCCACUUCAGGAUAGAAUUCGAAGGAGAGGAUCUUUGCUCGUUGAUUAUUCGGGAGGCGGGGCCUGAUGAUGAGGGGGUGUAUAAGUGUGAGGCGAGGAAUCCUGCGGGAGUUGCCUGCAGCGAGGCUGAACUCCUUGUAGAAGUUCUUGGAGGAGACGGAUUUGGCGAGGAGGAUCGGGCUCCUUCUGAACAGAGCUUGGUCGAGAAACGAGUCAUUGAGGAGCAAGUCGGACCACAGGAGAGGAUACAGUCAGACCAACUCGACCCGAGUAGCUCUACGGAUGUGACUACAUCCUCAAACAGGCAGAAACAAGAAAAAGUUACCCUUGCUAAUGAUUUUGUUACUGCACCCCAAAGCAAGGAAAUCCAGACGACUUCAAACCGAUCCGAUUUGGAUUAUCUCUCUGGAGGAGACAAAAGUUCGAGUGACUGGACACCGAGGUCAUCUCCGUGUACCAGCACCGGCGUGAGUCCCAGCUCGUCUCUGCUGGAAUUGGAUUCGUGGUACAAACGUGGACGAGCCAGUAAUUUUGACAUUCAUCACCAGGCCUCGCGUCAGAGCGGCAGUAGCACCGGCAAAGUCACUGAACGUAUCUCGAGAUACGACGAGAGACUAAAAGGACCCAAACAGACUGUGAACAGCGCCCGGGCAAAUUUACGGUCGACGGGAACGCGUUCAGGGCGAGCAGCAUCACCAGAAGGUAGUAGGUUUUCUAAAACAGCAGGAAACACUCCUUACGUUUCCAAUGUUGAGAGGCCUUCUAGACUGCGCCUCGCAGAGCUUGAAUCCAAACGGAAGAUUCGUUCGUCCAGCGAGCCUCCCCCGGAGUUCCAGCACAAACGAGAACAGAUUCUCACGCGUCAUUCCAAACCAGAACAAUCCAAAGCCGGCAAGAAUUACACUAGCAGGGAAACUUACGAACAACUGUUGCGGAGUUCUCGAGUUCCUUCCGCCGACGAGGGCUCGGCUUCUCGAUCACCAAAGCCGCAGCUUGCAACAAAGAUCUCUGUAUUCUCAGGCACUGGGUCGAACGGGAAAACGGACAAAAAAUCCGGCUCUGAAUCAAAGCCAGAUAAGAAAAUCUACGCUGGCAGGGAGAUCAAAGUGAAAUCUCUGCCCAAAGUGGUUGUCUCGAGAGAAGAGUCCCACUUGAAAGGUCGACCAAUCGAGUCGAUUAGGGUGAACCACGAUCGGACAAACGGCCGACUGUCAAGCGACGAUUCCCUUACGGACAGUGAGCGGUCCAGCACAUCCUCGGGGUAUCCUGAACCAAAGAAGCCCGUUUAUCGGACGGAGAAAAAUUUCGAGCUUCUGGGAGACCGGGCUUUCAACUCUCGGAAACCAGGUGCCGUUCUUGCCUGGAAAAUCGAGAAGUUUGCCAAGGGGAGCCCUCUAAAAAGUCCACGGGACCUGGAGGAGGAAACACAACAGCCAACCAUGCAAGCACCUGUCAGGAAGUGGAGUCCCUCGAAUGGGGCUCAACAGCGAAGAUCGCAGUCGGUGGAGCGGCCGUUGUACCCAGGACAAGGCGGCGGCUCUCUCGCUGCAAGAAUUGAGAAGUUCUCCAGCAAUACAACAAACACCCAAGAUGUGAAACUGAGAUCGGAAACACACGACCCUGUGAUCUCAAAGAAGUACGAAUAUAGCCAAGCUAAGGUGGCCGAUAAGGAACCAAAUAAAGAUCAAAGGAGACCAGAUAUAAACUAUGCAAAGAAAACCGAACCUACGUCCACGCGACAAAAGUUCCAGGGUACCAGCGAUAAAUUGCUGAAUAUUGAAAACGUUAAACUUACAAAGGACGCCAAUCAAGUGCCAAGAACAAAGCAGACAUCGGAUGCUGUCAUAAAUAUAACGAAGGGCAGUAAAGGCACGAUCGACAUUGCCAUCCCAGUGGGUAAUAACGAGAAGGCAAUUGAAGUUAGUAAAGCGAGUGUGGUUUAUACUCCCCCUCCGGAAAAGAAACAUCAAAUACCAAUGGGGAAAACGAAUGGUGAUGCGUCCUCUGAGAGUUUAAAGCCAGCCAAAGUGGAAGUAGUUUUGAAGUCUUCAGCGAAUGAUUUAUCUGCUGGAUCGUCUGCUUUGAUAACUUCAAUGUCAAGCAGUAAAACCUCGUCCCUGGGAAACGGGUCCAAGGAAAAUACAUCAGAGGCCAAACCGCAAGCCAGCAUCACAAUGAAUCGUCGAGGGGUGUUACCGGGAGGCAUCGGCAAAAUCACGGCCAAAUUUGAGAACGGCAAGGCGGUGGACACUCCAAGCAAAUCAAUGGCCAAGAUAGAACCGGUAGUCAUGUCACGGCUGAGCGAUAAGAAACAAUUGUUUGACGGCACUGGCAAGGCAAAAACUAACGGAAGUAGCGUCGAUUACAGGGAUGUUCUGUCUUCGUCAUCAGCGGGGAAAAUGAAAAGCACCACCGUCUCAAGCGCUGGCAAGCCCUCCGUGAAAAUUGCCAAAUCCCUGGUCGAAGUGAAAGCAAAGUCACCCUCUGCCCUUGCUUCCCGUUAUCAGGUGAGGUCUACAGCAGAUGAGAAACCGCCGACUUUCGUCCAAAAACCCCGCGACCAAACAGGUACCGAGGGGGGUUCCAUAUACUUUGCCGUCUCUGUCGAGGGAAAUCCCAAACCAGAUCUGUCUUGGCACUACAAGGGGCGUACCCUUAAAGACGAGGGGAGGUAUGAACUGUAUACUGAGAAGGACCUUUUCUUCUUGGAGAUUUUUGACUUGGAGCCCAAAGACGCUGGAGUGUACACCUGUCGUCUUGUGAACAAAGUUGGACGAGUCUCAGCCACUGCAGAGCUCAAGGUCACAGAAAAACCCAAGCCAGUCAUUCCAAAGGGACAAGCUCCAUCUUUUCUUCGCAGGAUUACGGACUGCGAAGUUUGCGAAGGCGACAGAGCCGUGUUUGAGUGCAAAGUUGCAGGCGACCCCUCCCCUGACAUCACGUGGAUCAUGGACGGCAAAGUGGUGCAGGAAGACAGACGCCAUCAAAUCACGCGCAAACCUGACGGUACAUGCGCGCUGGUCAUCAGUGACGUCACGGAAGAAGAUGAUGCUGUGUAUACGUGCACUGCUAAGAACGGCUUGGGCAUGGUCUCGAGCACGGCAGAACUCAUCGUAGAAUUCGAUACUGUUCCAAACCCCAAAGAACCAAAGAAAGAGGAAGUCAUUGAAAAGGUUUCAUCGAAAGCACAACCUAAAACAUCAAAAGUAGAACCCAAACCUGCGCCAAAGAAGGAGGAGAAAGUUGAGAGCGCUUUGAAGGAUGACACCAACAGUUUGAUGAAGAAACAAGAUGAGGAACCUCACGCUGAGCCAUCGCAGAUUGUUCAUCAUCAACCCCGCCGUUCGUCUCUCCAGUCCGCCGCCCCGGCAGCCAGACCUCCCGAGUUCAUCCUCCGUCCACGCUCCACUCACAUCACGCCGCCUGAGACGGCCCGCUUCACCUGCAUGGUGAAGGGCUUCCCGACACCCACGGUCACUUGGAAGAGGAACACGAAAAUCUUGAAGGAUGAGGGAAGGUUUGAAAUCUAUCAGGAUGGAGGAGAACAUUUCCUGGAGAUUUAUGACACCGUAGAUGAAGACGCUGGGCGGUAUACCUGCGUCAUAGCCAACGAGUUAGGCAAGACAACAUCGAGUGCGAAUAUUGCCCUAAGAGGCAAAGUUACAAUGGAUAUCCCGCCGAAAUUCAUCCAACGUCUGACAAACUGCCGUACCAAAGACGGUGGUGUGGGCCGAUUCUCAUGCCGGGUAUCAGGCGAGCCGGCCCCCACGAUCCAGUGGCUGUUUCUCGGUAAAGAGAUCUCCCCGGACGAUGAUAUCUACGAGAUCACGUUCGACGGGGAGAAGGCCACGCUGGUUCUACCCGAGGUAUUACCGGAGGAUGAAGGAGAAUAUGAGUGCAUUGCACGCAACAGGGCUGGUCAGGUGUCGUGUAGAGCCAGGCUAAGUGUGGAGAUACCCCCCACUGAGCCGGUAGAUGCGCCGGAGCCUGUCCUUCCAAACGAACAUGCUGCACCAACAGAACCAACCAAGAAAACACCCUGGCCUUUUGAAAGAAAGACUUCUCGGACGGAGAUAUUCCUACAGAGUACUCCAUCGGAAUCGGAAGAGGAGGGAAUGAAAUCCACAGACGUACCCAAGCAAGAACAGGUAUUCGAUUACAAAGAAGACACGCAAACGGCUUCGUCAUCUGAAUCGGAGGAGGACGUGCCUAAAGCUGAAACUUUGGAACACGAAAUGCAAAUAAUGGAUGUUCAGGAAGACGUCGAAGCGAAAAAGAAACCAACAGUUGAUAACAUUGGUAAUCAAGAUGCAGAAGGAAACCCUGCAGAACUUGAGUUGGUUCCAGAUUCUGAACCAGCUGUCCAUUCGAAGCCGACGAAGCAGCCCGAUGAAUUCUCUGUCGAUAGAUCUUUAGCCGACUCAGACACCGUUUCUGUUCAGAUAGAAUCUAACCAAAACGAGCCAGAAGCUUCGAGUUUUGACCUGAAACUCGAUCUGGAGUCAGAGUCAGAAUCAGAACUGGAAGCGAGUCUGAGGAUCGUAGAACCCACUAAAGACAUCAUGAAGGCCCAGCCUGAAGAGUGUCGUGAUUUGGAAAGGGUGGACACAGCCGCCGAGUUGCAAUCCGAGUCGCAUCUUGACGGCCUGUCAGAAAUCGACGUCUCGGUAGCCGAGAGCCACGAUCUGGAAUCCAUCACUGAUGACAGAAACGUAGUUUUUCUUGGCGAUGCUGAGGCAGAGCCGGCAAUCGAAGCGGAGACCACGACUGACGAGGAAUCUACCCCUCCAGCGACUGAGGCUCAGAGCAAGCCCGAGUUCUUACAGACACUGAGUGACGUGGAGGUCAUGGAUGGUAGUCCCUUAGCACUCACUGUAAAAGUCACAGGCAUCCCGGAACCUGAGGUAAUGUGGAUCUUUGACAGCUGCGAGAUUUUGGAGGAUGAUGACUUCAAACUUCUUCACGACGGUGAGCUUCAUUCCUUGGUCAUUCGCGAGGUGUACCCGGAAGAUGCUGGGGUGUACAUCUGCAAGGCGUUUAACGCGGCUGGUGAGGAUCAGUGCUCAGCUAAGAUUGUUGUCAAAGAUCCUGUGUUGCAGGGAACUCCUCCUAAAUUCACACAGAAGCCACGAUCGAUGACCGUAGACGAAGGCAGUAGCCUUCGUAUCACCUACAAAAUAGAAGGCGACCCCGAACCUGCUAUUACCUGGUCCAAAGACGGUCGCAUCAUCUCACCAGGGCAGCGCAUCCUCAUGAAGAAACUCGGCAUUGGGAGCUUGAGGAUCUUACAGAUCCCUGCUGCUUUGUCAACCGAUGCUGGGUCUUACAGCUGUAUGCUCAGUAACGCCUUCGGUGAGGAGAAGUGCAGUGUGUCCGUGGUCGUGCAUCCAUUGGAGGGGGAACAGACUGAUUUUCGACAGCUGUUGAAGUCAAGACCCCGACUUCAGAACAUGAACAACAAUAACACGAUCAAGGACAACUCUGACAAAAGUUCACCCGAGUCAGAAGCUCAGCAGUUAGACUUUCGUCACGUGCUCACGCGUCACGUGCAGACCAAAAAGGCGCCAAAGUUUGUGGAGGAGCUGCAAGACGUACGCACCAAGGAGGGAGAGCUGGCGGUGCUUCAGUGUCGAAUAGAGGGGAUUCCCAAACCGACCAUCGCCUGGACUGUCGAUGGCCGGGAAAUUCGAGAGUCCAAAUACUUUAAAAUGACAACCGAAGGUACUUUAGUGAAACUUACGAUAACAGAGGCAUUUCCUGAGGACGAGGGUGAAUAUUCAUGCAUUGCGUCCAAUACAGCUGGUCAAGACAAGACAACGUCAGAUCUCAAGAUUAUCCCAUGGGAAGAGGAUGAAAACGAUGAUGAUGAAUUAUUUAUCAAGUCCCAGGAAUCCUCUAAAGUUAUCGAUAGCCCACGAGACCAUCUUGAUGAAGUCUUUAAGAGGACUUUAACAAUAUCCGAGGAUGACGAUGAUGAGGUUGCCGACAAUCCAGACGCUCCUCCCCAUCCAGCCAUCACAAUCACCGAAGCAUCGCCCAAGAAAUCCAAGAAACCUCCCCCAGUUCCCGCCAAAAAGACUUCCCUGACGCGCAUGAAGGCGCCCUCAUUCGACGAGCCAGAUUCCGAGCGGCCUGGCAAAGCCGCUGAGCCGAGAGCAAACACGAGCGGCGAUGGAACAGCUGACAGCGAACCCCCGACUCGACCACAGUUUGUUCAAGGGCUUUGCGACAAACAGAUCGUGGAAGGCACUGCGGUCGUGCUGGAGUGCCGAGUCACGGGCGAGCCUGAACCGGACAUCUACUGGUACCGUGACGGAGUGGAGAUCGGGGAGACAGACCCCAAGUACCGCUACGAGUUCGAAGGCGAACACGGUGUGUCACUAGUCAUUAAUAAUGCCAGAAUGAGUGACGCUGGGACGUACACGUGCAAGGCUGUCAGUGCAGCUGGGUCAGCCGAGAGUUCAGCUCAACUCAUCGGAGGAGUACCGGCCAAAGUUGAAGGGGGUCCCAAGAAUAUCCAGGUCAUCGCAGGUCAGACCCUCACUAUCUCCUGCCAAAUAACCGGUUGCCCAGAACCGGAAGUCACGUGGACCAAAUACCGGAAAGAGGUGGAGGAAUGUGAGCGCAAACACAUAGACGUCACCGACAGUACUACAACACUUGUCGUCCGCCAAGCAAACGAAGCGGAUGCCGGGCGAUAUACUUUGUCUGUCUGUAAUGAGCUGGGAGGAGAUUGCUUCGAGAUAUCUGUCAGUGUUGUAGACAAGCCAGACCCUCCAGCUGGCAAGCCGACUGCAUCUGACAUCAGCCUUACCUCCCUCACUCUGUCCUGGCCUGGCCCCUCCUAUGAUGGAGGGAGUCGCAUUCUUGGCUACGUCGUCGAGAUGUGUCGCGCCGACGAGGACAGGAAAUGGCAGAACGUCACUUCCACAGCCAGUACCUCGCAUGUCAUUAGUAACCUGAAACCCGAAGUGGAGUAUCUCUUCCGGGUCAGUGCAGAGAACGAACAUGGAGUCAGCGAGCCCAGUCCGGUGUCAGACCCCGUAUUGACCGUUGUGGGAGCUGCAUCUGACAGAGAUGAGAAGACUGGUGGGGAAUCUGAAGAGGAGACGGACGAGUUUGUAGUGCGUGGUAACGUCACCAUCCGGACUGACAAGGAGGUCACUGAUCUUUAUGAGAUGAAGGAACAAUGUGGCAAAGGGCGCUUUGGCGUGGUGUAUCGUUGCCUGGAGAAGACAACAGGCAAACAGUUCGCCGCCAAAUUCAUCAAGAUCAAAUCAUCUGACCGUGAAGCAGUGAGAUCAGAGAUCCGCAUUAUGAACGAGUUACACCAUCCAAAGUUACUACAGUGCGUGGAUGCCUUUGAAGGGCCAAGACAAAUGGUGAUGGUCAUGGAAUACAUCGCUGGUGGGGAGCUGUUCGAACGCGUCAUCGACGACGAUUUCGUCCUGACCGAGAAAGAUGCCAUCAAAUUCAUGCGUCAGAUCUGCGCAGGCGUACACUACAUGCACCAGCAGAACAUUCUCCAUCUGGACCUCAAACCAGAGAACGUCAUGUGCAUGGACACCCAUGGCUGCCGUAUCAAGUUGAUAGACUUUGGCCUGGCCCGGAAGUUUGACCCCACCAAGAGCACAAAGGUCAUGUUUGGCACGCCAGAGUUUGUCGCCCCUGAAGUGAUCAACUAUGAGCAGAUAAGCUUUGCCACGGAUCUAUGGAGUGUCGGCGUCAUCUGUUACAUUUUAUUAAGUGGUUUGUCUCCGUUCAUGGGUGACACGGACGCAGAGACGCUCAGCAACGUCACGGCAGCUGAAUGGGACUUUGACGAUGAAGCGUUUGAUGACAUCUCGGACGAAUCGAAAGAUUUCAUAGAAAAAUUACUGAUCAAGAGAAAAGAAAAACGCCAGACCGUUGAGGAUUGUCUCAAGCACAAAUGGCUGAACAAAGACAUCAAGACAAUGAAAGCGACUCAACUGUCAACGGCCAAACUCAAGAAGUUCGUGGCCAGGCGCAGGUGGCAGAAAACCACCACUGCCGUCCGGGCGAUAGGUCGCAUGGCUUCACUAACCAUGUUUGCUGGAUUGAAGAAAGCCAACGAACAGUCUCCACCGUGUUCACCGACUCGUAAAUCUCUCCUGAAAUCCACUCUUAAGAAAGGGCUGGAAGAGCCUCUUUCACAUCACAAAGAGGAGGAAAGUGGCAGGGAAGAAGUGGAUGGUUUGUCCAAGACAUCAACAGAGCAGAGCUCCAGAGAGAGAUUAGUUGUAGAGAAAACAAAUUCCUUAGCAAAAGAAUAUGAGCAGACAAACUCUAAAGAGAACAGUAACUCAGAUGAGAAAUCAGGAAAUGAAAUGAAUGGUCUUGAUGAUGAUAAAACGAACUCCGUGUCAUCCAACUCAACCCAGUCUGACGAAGUACCGGUUGCAGCGCGCAGUUGCCUGCCAAAAAUCACCAAGCCGAUCAGGGACGCUACGGUGUUCGAAGGGGACUGCGCGCGCUUUGAUUGCCACAUCGAGGGUGAACCGGAACCGGAAAUCACGUGGUACCAGGACGAAGAAGAGAUUCAGGAGAGCCGUCGGUUUUUGAUGGAGCAAGACGAUGAGGGUACUUGUUCGCUAAUCAUCAAAAAUGUAUGUGAAGACGAUGACGCUGAGUACAUGAUUGAGGCUGUUAAUUCGGCUGGAAAAGCGUCUAGUAUAGCAGAACUCAUUGUACAUGUCCCACGUAGGAAGUGAGCGCAUUGUGCAACCCAUCAAGCAUCUAUUUUGCUGCAUUUUAGCUGUUUCUGUAGCCUCUACCACCAUCGUAGAUAAGGUUUAACCCUGAACUGACAGAAGCAGAGAAACGAUUUUUCAAGGUUGCCUUGUUUAACGUUUGUCUUGUGAAAUGGGUGAGUGUCCGCCGCUCGAGUUGAAGUGCGCCCUCACCUGCAAAGAAGAGACCGGCUUGUGAAGUUUUUCAAUCUAACUCCGGCAGCAUCCAGCGCACACGCGAAGAUCAUUGCAUAUGAACGUGGCUAUCGACGAUUCGAACCAUUAGAAAUUGGUCGCGCGUGCGCACGCCCUCUUUUGUUCCCGCCCGGAGCAGACAGAUGUAUGCCACUUUCCCUCCAUGGUAAUUAACAAAAAUGUAUGUAGCCCCCUGCCAAGCCAGCUAACAUUGUCUAACAUUUCCAGUCAUUUACAGUACAUGUAAACAAAUGGACGGACGAUUUCGGAGGGUACGGUACUUAGCCUGUAGUAUUCAGUGAGAUUCAGCGUAAGUCAACUUUUAUUUUCUUUCAGAGACUUUUUUGAACUGUAUGUAAAUAUUACUGUAAAAAUUAUUCUGCUUGUUCCCCUUUUGUUCUCCAUAAGUUUAAUUGGUUUAUUUUGUUGUCGUUUAUUUUAUGAGAACUUGUCGAAUUUGUUUGUUCGACAAUGUUUUGAAAGUUGGUUUCGCACGUUUCAGAGUAAACUGGCUGAUUUGUUGCAGCGUUUUCAGCAACGAAAUCUACAAUACGCCUUAUAGUUUUUAUGUUAACUUGAAUGUUUAACUGCUUGAAAGUUACCACAAUAUUUUGGUUGUGUGUCAGAUCAGUUGCUUGGUAUUGGCAGCACCCUAUCCUGUUUUUGUUUCCUUUUUUUGCACUGCUUUUGCUUGUGAAGUAUGUUUAUCAUUUAAGUGUUUUUUGUUUUGUUUUGGUGUUUUGUUUUGUUUUUUUGACAAAAAAAGUUUUAAUUUGGCUUAAAUCCACCUCUCCAUCAACGAGUGUAGUAAAUGGUUUCGUUCAGGAAGGAAAUCGUGUAUAGAUAUUGAAACAUUCAUUUUUUACCAUAGAAAUUAAGACUUUCUGUACUUCAGACUUUGGUUAUUAAUUUAUUUCACGUUUUUAUAUUUUUGAUGUUUACAAGGAAUCUGAAGUCUUAAUUCAUUUUUAAAGCCUUUUGUAACUGCGUUAUUUUAUUUUUUUUAUCUCGAAUGGUACGAGUGAAAUAUGCAUGUAGGAUUUCUCCUUUUGACCUCUAGUCUUAAAUUAGCAUUUUUGUAUUUCAAAUUGUCACGGCAGUCAAAAACGCUAACCAGAUUAAUAUACGUAGCUCCAUUUAUGACAUGGACGAUAUAUAUACCAUCGAACAUAAACUGUAUAUUUCACCUUUUGUAAGCUACACGUUUGUAUUCCUGAAGCAUAAUCAUUUAUACUUCGUUAUUAUGACCAAAUUGAUGAAAUAAUUCUGUAAUAAUUUUAAUGGAGUAUAAAUUGGGGCGACAUUGUGUUGUUCAUUUCAGCCAGUGUGAUACGUCAUCAUUUUCAGAGACACUAAGGUCAAGUUGCUAUUUCAAUUUGGUAUUUCCUUGUAGAAGAUUGGAUUACGAACUUUCAGGAAACAGACAUUUUUAAAACGCUGUCGAAACAUCCGAUCGCGAAUCCUCAAAAUAAUGGCAUUGUGGCUAUUCUUGUGCAUUGUUUUAGUGCACGUUUUACAUACUAUGCAGCUUUCUUCCAAGAAGUCUUCUGUUUAAAACCGUCAGUCAUUUUAUAAAUUCUUGUUAAUAUUUAAACUACUUACCAUAAGAAACUUUGCAUGGAAAAUAACAUCGGAAUGGUCGUCAGGAUGUAGCGAAGAGGGUAUCGAAUAGUGAAUAUAAUCAUAAUCGGAGAGAAUAGGCGUACUCGACACUAUCCGGAAUGGUCUUGCAUGUUAUCGAAUAAAGGUACAGUAAAAUCAACUACUUCGCGGUCAAACCCGUGCGGAUUUCUGAGUUAAAAAUUAAAAACAAACUUCAA